AUAUAUUCCUUUUAUUUAAAAAAACAUUCCAGAACAGAAAAAAUAAAUUUAUCACAAUAAUUAAUUAUGAUUUAUCAUGUUUCGACCAUUUUCGCCGUUUCUUCAUCUCUCUUUUCUUACAUACCUUCCCUGAUAGUUCUUCCCUGAUUUAAGAUUCUUCUUCGUUUAAUUCCCUUUGUUUGUGUCAGACUUUCCUGAUUUCUUCAAACAGGAAAUUUAACGGUCGAAAAAUACAGAUCCGAGGUUAAUCAUGGCAGAAGAGCACAGAUGCCAAGCAUCGGAAGGGCACCGUCUAUGCGCCAAUAACUGCGGCUUCUUUGGCAGCCCAGCCACGAUGAACAUGUGCUCCAAAUGCUACAGAGACUACUGCCUUAAGGAGCAACAAGCAGCCUCCAUCAAGGCCUCCCUCUCUGCUUCCUCUCCUUCCUUCUCUCCCUCACCAGCAAUCGAUUCCCUCUCGUCUCUCACCCUACCAGUGGUCACCGGAGAUGUACAGAACACGGUGGCGGAGGUCGCUACGGCUAUGGGGACGGUGCAGCAGCCUAAUCGUUGUUCGGUGUGCAGAAAACGGGUCGGUUUGACCGGAUUCAAGUGCAGGUGUGGGAUCACGUUUUGUGGGAGCCACAGGUACCCGGAGAAACACGAUUGCACGUUCGAUUACAAGACGGCUGGCAGAGAAGAUAUUGCGAGGGCUAAUCCGCUGGUCAAAGGUGAAAAGCUGCAUAAGAUCUAGACCGGUGUAUGAUCUCAAUCAGGACCGUCCGGUCUGAGGACCGCGUCAAAUAUAUGCAUUUGAACGUAAGGAAUUCUUCUCCCGAGGUUGAUGAUAUGUUGAUGACUACCGUUGAAUGUUGAUCACGGCCGUUCAUUUUGCAUUGAUGUUCUAAUAUAUAUUAUUGCUUUGCUAAGUUUUUAUUUGAUGUGUUAGAGCAAAAAAACUUCUCAAAAAAAAAAGAGCAUAAAAAGGUUACUCGCUUUCUUGGUGGAGUUGAAAUAUAAAUGCUGGUUUUGUUGGUUUA